AAUUUUAUGUAAAAAAAAAAAAAAACCAAAACAAUGUACACUAAUGCCCCUUUCACACAAAACUAAUCAGGUUCACUUGUCAGUUUUUCAGGUGGACCUGAUCAGAUGGUACUAUAUUGCCAAAAGUAUUGUCCCCGCUCUCCUAAUCAUGUGAUUCAGGUGUUCCAAUCCCCUCCAUGGACACAGGUGUAUACAAUCAAGCCCCUAGGCAUGCAGACUGCUUCUACAAACAUUGGUGAAAGAAUGGGUCGCUCUCAGGAGCUCAGUGACUCCAAGCGUGGUCCCGUGAUAGGUGGUCACCUGGGCAAUAAGUCCAUCCGUGACAUUUCCUGGCUACUAAAUAUUCCACGCUCAACUGUUAGUGGGAUU